AUGACCAUCAAAGGAUUCGUCCAAUUUGUGAACAAGAAAAUCCCGAGCACCAUCAAAAAAAUAGAUGACAUAAAAAGCUUCACAGGGAAAAAGUUUGUAAUCGAUGGGACCUUCUUCAUUUACAAAUUUAUGUACGUAGCAUGGAAGCAUAUAAUAAACGAUAAGAAUCGUGAAAAGAGAUAUAAAGCCAAUGAUUUGAGGACCCACAUUUUGGUUAGACAGUACAUUAUUAAAAAAAGCAUCGAGUUGCUGAAAAAGCAGCAUGAGUAUUUUAAGUCAUUAAAAAUUAGCACGCUUUAUAUUAUCGAGGACAUUGGGGCCAGGUAUGAACUGCAGCCUCUGGAUUAUAAAUGUAAGAAGCAUGUGUGGAGGGAGAGGGAUUCUCUCAGGAAGAAGAAAAACCUCUUCGACAUUUUGAACGUGGACGCGUCCAAGGGAGGGGGCGCCCGGGGUGCAGAGGUGCAUCGAGGAGAGGCGCAGUGUGGAGAGUCGCCGCGCGGGGACUCACCCAUUGGGGACCCUACAAAUGCAAACUCAAACGGAAACGCCAGUGCGAACAGCGGGGGCAAACCCUUUGGGGAGCACAAGAGCGCCAUCAGCAGCAUGAGCGAUGGUAGCAUUAGCGAAGGGAAAAGCCAGAAGAAGAGCAAAAUGGAAGUCGUCGUGGACGAAGACGGCAUUCACGAUUUGUUUAAAAAAAACAUUUUUAUAAAAAUUAACUCCAAAACGGCCAACGAUAUUUACAACUAUCUGUUCCUGGAGAAGAUACCCAUCUUUAUAACAAAAAAUGAUGCAGAGAAAGAAUGCGCAAUUCAGUGCUCGCACGAAAAGGACAUCGUCGUGUCAGACGAUACGGACGCAUUGGCAUUUGGAGCCCCCAACUUAAUACGCUUCAUUAUGAAUAAAAAGAAAAGACAUAUAAUUAACAAAGACGAGCUGCUAAACGAGUUAAACAUAAACUACGAGCAGUUCAUCGAUUUCUGCAUCCUUUCAGGCUGCGACUACAGCGCUAAAAUACCGGGCAUUGGACCCGUGAAGGCGCACGAAAUUAUUAAGAAGUACAAAACGAUAGAGACCUUUUUGGAGUCCAGCGCUUUUAACAAAUAUAAAAAUUCCAAGCUGUUCAACCAGAAAUUAAGCGGCAUAUCCAUGUCGCUCAACGACUACAUUGUUAAUGAGUUUACGUACGAGCAGGCGCGCAAGGUGUUUUUUAACUCCUAUUGA